AUGCCGGCCAAUUUCAAGACUUACGAGGCCCAGGCGCGCCUUCUGGCCGCAGUUAUCGCGGCUCACCCUGAGCUCAGGCUCAAUUACAAGGCAAUCGCACAGCACUAUGGCAAGUCCGCGACCAUGAGCGCCAUUGAGCAUCGCUUCCGCCCUGUUCGUAAGCAGGCGGAUUGCUUGCGCCUUGCCGUCAGCAGGGGCGAUGAUCCGGAGGAGAUUGACAUCCUCGAACCCGGCGAAAUGGCCAAAUACUUCGGCGAAUCCACCGCCGACGGUCUCCAAUUCCAAUUCCGCAGCGUCAAAGCCGGUGCCGAAGCCAUGAAGAACGCGGCCGAUAACGGCCAAGACCCUGUCGAGGCCUUCAACAACGCCGUCUCCGGCUCAGGAGCCAACAAAACGCCCUCAGGCCGCAAGCGUGGCCGUCCAGCCGGCACUCCGGCCUCCGGCAGAAGCCGCGCUGGAGCUGGGACUCCCGCCACCGGUAAGAGCACGACUACUACUGCCAAGCCGAGAAGGUCGACAGCCAAGAAGGCGAACUACGUAGAGCCGCAAACGACUACGGAUAAGGACGAGUCGGCUGCGUCUGUUGACUACGACGCCUUGGACGACUCUCCCACCGGCCACUUGGCUAAGAAGACCCGCACCACUCCGAUCAAGACGGCCUUGCCGCCUAGACGCAUGUCUGGCGCUGCCGCGCCUAUCUCUCAGCCGGUCUUCAAGACCGAGGCCCUCGAUGAGAUCUUUGAGGUUGGUGACAGACUGCCUUCGCCGUCUCCUAUGCCGCCGGCGUCUACUGUUGCAGCUGCUACGAAUGCCAUUGGCAACAGCUAUGACUUCACUGUCACUGGUGACAUGACCCGCAACGAGCGCGCGGCUUCCGAGUACCACACUCCGGCGCCCGAAUUCCCUCCCGCCACCUCUCAGAGCCAGACUCAGUCUCAAUCGCAGGGCUUCAUCAUGAAGCAAGAGCCCAACUCCUACGCCAACGGCGGAAUGUCCUUCGACGGCGGAGUGACGACCAGUUUUGGUUCUACGACCACUAACAUCUUUGGCGGCAACACCUCGGUCGGUAACAACUACAACAACGGCUUCCACAAUAGCGGGGGUGGUUACUCUCAGCAGCAGUCCCAGCAAAACACUCAGCAGUCUCAGUCUGCCAGUGGUUACAUCAACAUCGUUAGUGACGACGAAUAUGACUACUCCCAGUCCCAUAGCGCUCUUGGCGCCGCCGUCCGUACGCUCGGGGGACAUGGAGGACCUGGUAACUUCAGCCAGGCUUCCACCAUGGGCAUGGGCAUGGCCCUGCCGAGCAACAUGACCGGCGGCAGUGGUGAUGGUGGUGAUAUGGGGUUCUACGUGGAUGAAGAUCAAUAUGAGAUCUAG